GUACGCCGGCCAUUUUUAAUAUUUUCUUUAGCUGCUCACGAUUUAAUCGGCGACUCUUUCCUAGAAACUCCCUUCGACCUCCAUCACUAUUUUCUUUUCUUUUGUUUUAACUAAAAUUCAGCUCAAAUUCACUCCAAAUAAAAUCCCAAACAAACCCAAAUGCACACCAAAUUGUCUCUCCUCAGCCCCAUUCCCUCUCUCAUCUCCUCCUUCCUUCCAGUUCGCCACCCUUUUUUCUCACUCACUCCAUUACUCUUUUCCUCUCUCUGAAUUCCAAGUUCUCACUUUCCUUCCUCCUUUAUUUUCCUUCCAUUUGAGUUUUGGAUUUUUUUUUUCUCAUCUGUGUAUGGAAUGACGGACUAUCGGAUAACGCCGACGAUGAAUCUGUGGACUGACGACAACGCAUCAGUCAUGGAAGCCUUUAUGAACUCCGAUCUCGCUUCUCUUUGGCCGCCACCGCAAUCUGCUGCUUCCACUUCCACUCCUGCGCCACCCAACGCCGACCCCAACAGGUCUUUCAUCAACCAAUCUCAGCCGCUCUUUAAUCAGGAAACUCUCCAGCAGCGUCUCCAGGUCUUGAUCGAGGGGGCUAGGGAGAGCUGGACCUACGCUAUCUUCUGGCAAUCGUCUGACGAUUACUCCGGUGCAUCGGUGUUGGGGUGGGGUGAUGGGUAUUACAAAGGAGAGGAGGAUAAGGGUAAAGGGAAAUCUAAGACUCCUAGCUCCUCAGUUGCUGACCAGGAGCACCGAAAGAAGGUGCUUCGUGAGCUCAAUUCGCUGAUCUCAGGUCCCACCGCCGUCACCGACGAUGCGGUUGAUGAAGAAGUCACUGAUACUGAGUGGUUCUUUCUUAUCUCCAUGACUCAGUCAUUUGUUAAUGGAAGUGGGUUGCCGGGUCAAGCUUAUUUUAAUGGGAAUCCGGUCUGGGUUGCUGGCCCUGACCGGCUUUCUACAUCGCCGUGUGAGCGCGCCAGGCAGGGCCAAGUUUUUGGGUUGCAGACCUUGGUGUGUAUCCCAUCAGCGAAUGGAGUUGUUGAGCUGGGUUCAACUGAGGUGAUUUAUCAGAGCUCGGAUCUGAUGAACAAGGUUAGGGUUUUGUUUAAUUUCAGUAAUCUAGAGGUGGGUUCAUGGCCGAUUGGAACGAAUCCUGACCAGGGUGAGAAUGAUCCAUCAUCGCUGUGGAUCAGUGAUCCAUCGCAGAGUGGGAUUGAAAUGAAGGAUGGAAAUAGCACAGUUCCUUCAUCAGGUGGCACUACAAAUGGCAAUAAUAACAAUAGCAAUAACAAUAAUAAUCAUCAUGGCUCGAAAGGGAUUCAAUUUGGGAAUCCCAAUUCGAGUAGCGUGACUGAACACCCAAGUGGAAUUCAUAUGCAGAAUCAUCAUCAGGGCCAUCAGCAGCAACAACAGACGACACAGACACAGAGCUUUUUUACUCGUGAGUUGAACUUUGGGGAAUAUAGUGCUUUUGAUGGUAGUAGUGCUAGGAAUGGGAAUUCAAAUCUGUUGAAGCCAGAAUCGGGGGAAAUUUUGAAUUUUGGGGAGAGUAAGAGGAGUUCUUGUAGUGCAAAUGGAAAUUUCUUUUCAGGUCAUUCGCAGGUUGCAGUGGAGGAGAACAACAAGAAGAAAAGAUCCCCAACCUCAAGGGGUAGCAACGAAGAAGGGAUGCUUUCUUUUACUUCUGGUGUUGUCUUGCCUUCUUCUGGUGUGGUGAAAUCAAGUGGUGGUACGGGAGAUUCAGAUCACUCUGAUCUCGAAGCCUCUGUUGUUAGACAAACAGAUAGCAGCAAAGUUGUGGAACCUGAAAAGAGGCCACGAAAACGGGGAAGAAAACCAGCGAAUGGUAGAGAAGAGCCAUUGAAUCAUGUUGAAGCUGAGAGGCAGAGAAGAGAGAAACUUAACCAAAGGUUCUACUCCUUGCGAGCUGUAGUUCCCAAUGUGUCAAAAAUGGAUAAAGCUUCGCUUCUUGGAGAUGCCAUCUCUUAUAUCAAGGAGCUUAAAUCAAAGCUGCAAGCCUCAGAGUCUGUUAAGGAGGAGUUGGAGAAGCAAGUGGAAUCAUUGAAGAAGGAGUUUGCUAACAACGAUUCAUGCCUAGGGCCACCUCCUCGUGAUCAAGAACUCAAGACGUCAAAUACCCAUGGAAGCAAAGCCAUAGAAAUAGAUAUCGAUGUGAAGAUAAUCGGAUGGGAUGCAAUGAUAAGAAUCCAAUGUAGCAAAAAGAAUCACCCAGCAGCUAGAUUAAUGGCAGCUUUGAAAGAGUUGGACCUUGAUGUUAACCAUGCCAGUGUGUCAGUGGUGAAUGAUUUGAUGAUCCAGCAAGCCACAGUGAAGAUGGGGAGUAGAUAUUACACCCAAGAGCAACUCAGGGUAGCCCUAUCAACCAAAGUUGGUGACACCUGACAUGGGAAUUGCUAAAGUUUAGCAAUUGGUAUAGAGCUUGGGUUCUGGGACAUUUUAAGGCUCCUGAAGGCGCAAGCUCUGUAUAAUAGUAUUGUUCCUACUAAUUUUCUUGGUAGUCGUUCUAGUGUAAUUUGAGUUUGAGCCGAUUUUAAUGGAGGAGCUGAACUGAGGAGUUUUGUAGGUCUUUGAGCUCCAAUCAAGUGAAGAUAGCUAUUUUUGUGUUGAUUUUUCCUGUCUGUCCUUGAUGUAUAUAUUUAUAAAUUGGAACCUGAUGGGUUUUGUGCUA